AUGGAUGGGACCUUCAGCCCAAGUGAGGUUCCCAGAGGCAGCUCCCAACUGCCCACGUUCUCCACGGCAGCCAAAAUCCGUGUGGCCAUCACUGUGGUCCUUUUCCUUUGUUCCACUGGCAUCAACGCUGCCAUGUUGUGGAGCGUCACCAAGAAAUUUCAACGCAAGCCACAUCUCCGCAUCCUUCUCAUGAAUCUGGCUGCCGCUGACCUUCUGGUCACCUUCGUGGUCAUGCCACUGGACACAGUGUGGAACGUGACCAUUCAGUGGUACGCUGGUGACCUGGCCUGCCGGCUUUUGAUGUUUCUCAAGCUGGUGGCCAUGUACGCCUGCUCCUUCGUGACGGUAGUGAUCAGCCUGGACCGCUGGGCAGCCAUCUUGCAUCCCCUGAGGGUCAGCAGAGCCAAGAGGAAGAACAAGACAAUGCUGUGCAUAGCAUGGGCCCUCAGCUUCCUCCUAGCACUACCUCAGAUGCUUGUCUUCCACACUGUCAGCCGGUCCCAGCCCAUCCAUUUCGUCCAAUGUGCCACAGUGGGCAGCUUUGGGGCGCACUGGCAGGAAACCCUCUACAACCUGUUCACCUUCACCUGCCUCUUCCUGGUGCCGCUGCUGGUGAUGCUGCUCUGCUACUCUCGCAUCUUGGCCGAGAUCUCAGGGAAGAUGGCGCAAGUGAGGGCCUCGGCGAAAUCCAGGGAGGUCCGCCUGCGCUGCUCACACAAUAACAUCCACCAAAUCCGGGUCCGCACCUUGAAGAUGUCGGCCAUCACAAUCCUGACAUUUGUCGCCUGCUGGACGCCCUACUACUUGCUGGGCCUCUGGUACUGGUUCUCGCCUGAGAUGCUGACGCGGGAGCAGGUGCCGCCUUCGCUCAGCCACGUCUUCUUCCUCUUUGGCCUCCUCAGCACCUGCCUUGACCCGCUAGUCUACUGCUUCUGCUCUUCACGCCACCGGACUGACAAGAAGUUGGCCAAAGCAUCAUCUGUCCGCAUGACCUCGGAGUGGGCAUCCACCGUGAGCAACGGCCCCAUGGAAGAGCCAGGAGUCCACUGGGUGUGCAAACCAGGAUGUGCCCUGAGUCCAAAACUGGCCUGGGCCAGGAAGGAGAAAAUGGCCGAGAGCUGCAUCUGA